AGUGCCGCGCCAGACUCCGCGCCGCGAGCAUCCGUACUGGCCGCACUAUGAAGACAUGACGCUAACACAACUUUUCCGCACGUCGACGCGCGUUCUCUGAUCAUUUUCCCGCUUCGUUUGCGCCGCGCGCUCGCUCCUUCUGUUUACGUGAAUACUUAGUGCCGUUGUGAGUGUGCGACGCUCACAUUUGAGGAAAAAAAAACUUGAAUUAUCGUGUUCCAAAAGUACAAUCGUCUCCAACCCGAUAAUCGAUAAUCAUAUGAAAAUGUCCGAAGCGAGUGCUUGAGUUCUCACGUUUACAAUGAAGCGAAACAUUAAUUGGACUCUUGAUGAAUAAUAAAUCGAGUCGGAUGCUACAUUUGGAGAAUGCGAAUGUGAUAUAAAAGGAUGCGUGAGGGUGGUGUGUGACGAAACAAGGCAGUGAGUGGCGGAUGAGGCGAGGCAGCGUGUACAGUGUCAGCGAAGGAUUGGAGCGGUGCGCUUGCGUCAGGUAGCGCGGGCGCGGGUGCGGGUGCGGGUGCAGCCAUGGCCGGCUGAUGGAGGCAGGCUGGUGGUCACCGUCGGCCUCGCCGCCGCCGCCGCCCCGCGCCCCCCCGCCUCGCUGCCGCUGCCGACACCCCUUCUCUACUAGCUACACCUGCUUGCCGCAUUACGAUGGAUGGCCAGACGGGGAAGAGGAAUCCACAGGAGGAGCGCUUCGGGAACGCGAGCUGCGGUCACUGCACCGCACCAUCCCCGCGCUGCGGAGAAGAGAACUCGACACCCGGGCUAUCAAGCACCACUUCUAUCCUGAGGGAGGAUGGGGAUGGAUCGUUUGUGGAGCGGCCUUUCUUGCACACUUAUUGUCAACCGGACUACAGCUGGCUUACGGAGCGCUACACGUUUACGCUUUGAAACACCUUGGACCAACCGCAGAUCAUGCUGUGUGGGCCGGAGCUAUUUGCGUGGGAGUGUCCCGUGCUGCCGGUGCUCUUGUAGCGGGACGGAGACGGUCACCAAGGCUCGUGGCUUUACUCGGGGGCUUACUGCUGCCUUUGGCCUGCCUCUUCACAUCCUUCGCGACACAGCUACAUCAAACGUUACUAAGCUACGGGGUUGUACUUGGUAUUGGAUGCGGCUUAGUAAGAGAAGCAGCAGGCCUAGUACUUGGAGCAUAUUUUCGUAGAAGAAGACAAUUUGUAGAACUAGUGGCUCAUGCUGGCGGUGGUGUAGGCAUUGCUCUGUUUAGCGUUGCAUACAAAGAAGCAGUUGGAAAGCUUGGUUGGCGAUUAGGAUUGCAAGCGGUCACGGGAGUUUUAGUCUUGGCAUUUUUUCUAAGUGCUGUUUACCGCAGUGCCUCUUUAUACCAUCCUCAACGCAGAGCUAUAUUACAUUUAAAAAAUCAACGUCGAAAGGUGAAGGAAAAAAAGGGUAUAAAACGACCUCCACUUAUUGAUCUAAGCCCACUUCAAUCUCGACCCGCGAAAGUUUUGUUGUUGGCCGCCGGAUUAGCGGCUUUCGGACUUUAUACCCCAGUAUUUUUUCUGGCUUUACAGGGAUUUCAGGAGGGCUUAGAGGAAAGUGCUUUGGUGUUGCUGCAGACGUUUUUGGGAUUCGCAGCGGUGCUCGGGUGUGCAGGCUUUGGACUCGUUCUUGUACGACCCUCAGCGCAAUGUCUGGUCUCUAAGCAGUACUUAUGUCAAACAGCGAUGCUCGGUAUAGGCAUCUCAAUGCUCGCUCUGAGCAGCGUCGAAGGUUAUCAUGGCUAUGUCCUUUUCGCGUGGAUGUACGGGCUAUGUCUCGGUGGAUAUCUGUAUUCUCUCAAAAUGCUGACAAUGGAAAGGGUUCGUGGUCGACACUUCACUAAAGUUUGGGGUUACGUUCAAGGAGCCGAAGCAAUCCCUGUUAUAGUAGGCGUUCCCGUAACAGGCUACAUAAACCAGCAAGCUCCCAGGGCGGGAUUCUAUUUUUCGACGGCGGCAACAUUGGCGGGCGCGUUCCUUUUGUUUUUCGUUGGAUUUUCGAAACGCGAGCCGGAACCACCUCCGCCCGCUGCCGCUCCCUCCAUAUCGGAGUCCUGUCGGUGUACGAGUCCCCUGCGGUGCGGGGCAGGGGGCGCGUGGUGCGCGUGCGGUGCUGGAGGCGCGGCCGCAUACUGUGCGUGGCCGGGACCAGCGUGCGGUGCGCGGCUACCCAAAUCAUUGUCGUACGCAGCACCUUUGGACAGGGCAUGUUGCUCGGCUACGCACUGCCCGGACUGUUACCGUCAAACGGUGCCAUUGCGUUCAUCCCGCAGCGUCCCAGAGGGCCUGGCGACGCGCACAUCAUCGUGGGGUCGCGCCGGCUCAUGUCGCGGUGCGUGCCGGCGACGUGAACAUCAUCUCAUAGAACAAAUCACUACAUCUGUUUGAAUGACGUAUACAAAUUUUCGAAUUUAUCGUUCGACCCAAUCAUUUAACGUGACGCGGACGUCUGGACAUGACCAUACUGCAUUACAAAAAAUAUAUUUUUUCAAGCAUCACAGAUGUAGUUCAAAUAUAGUUUAUUGUUUUGUAGAAUAUUAUUUUUUGGGAUCAGUGUUGUUUUAUUCUGGAGUUUAUAAAGGACAUUCAUUAAAAUAAAAACGAUCUUCCUGACGAAAAUCGUUAAAUAAUCUUUAAAACAAAAUUAGAUUAACGUAAAAUAGUUGAUAUGGAUGGGACCUUCACAUUUAGUCAAUAAUCAUGUUUACAAAUAAGUAGGUGAGGUCUUGUAAAACAUUUUCCCUAUGAUCAUUAUUAUAGUGUAAAUUUAAAUUGACCUAAUGUAAAUUACAAGUCCCUAAAAUAUGAACUGUAUAAUCUGUAUUGAGUAUAAUUUUAAAAUUGUCAAUUCGUAAAUAAAUUUUGGUAACAAAAAUAUCAAAAUAUAGAUUUUUUAAUUAAUUGCAUUUUCUUUUCAAACGUUUUAAAAUAUUAUUAUUUAUAGUUUUAGCUGUUCAAAAGUUGUUGUGUUUGUAAAAAAGUUUUUGGUUACGAAUAAAAAUAAUUAUUUAGAAA